AAACAAGAUCUGCGCUGAGGAGCUCUGACCGCAGACUGCGCAGCUCACAGGAGAGAAACUGAAAGAAGAAACGAAAAACUCAACUCGGCCAGAAAACACUGACAAGAAGUUUGUGGAAGAGUUUCGAGUGGAAAAAUCUAAGCCAUCUCCUCCAUGCCCGCCUGCUGCCUCCUGGUGCCUGGAUGGCUGGUUCAGGAGCCAAGGGAAAUGUUACUAUUUUUCUAAAGCCGAAGGGAACUGGACCUACAGCCAGAACAACUGCUCUUCACACGCUGCCUCCCUGGCCGGGAUUGAUAAUCUGCAGGAGCUGGUGAGAAGCACAGAUGCUUUGUGCCAAGCCCAGCGAUUGCUGGCACCACAGACUGGGUUGGAGUCAGGCUGGGCUCAGCCCCUGUAGUUCAAAGUGGAUCCCGGAUGCAUCUCUGGCUGGGCGGCCAGAGUCAGUGCAGUUCUGGCAGCUGAAUCCUCGCUGGACUUAGGGCUCCAGCCUCCCUGACGCUGCAUCUGCUCACAGCCGCGGUGACUCAGUCAGAUCCAGGCCAGUGGGCUUCCCUGGGAUUUGGAGGGGGUGAGAACCUGCCUCCCCAACUCAGCCCAGCCCAGCCCAGCCCAGCCCCAGGGUUUCCUCAUGAGUGGGGCAGGGAGAAUCCAGCAGAAGGUAAAGCCAGCUGUAUGCCGCCUGCCCUCAACUUCCCAGUCCUAGUGGCAGGGAUCUCUCUGCCCCGCCCCUGCAGCUCCCUCUCCCUCCUGACCUUGCUGUGCUCUGAGAAGAGCUCAAUUCCCGCUUCAUCCAGUAGAUGCCAGAGCUCCAAAAAAGAAGACUGGGGCAGGUGAAGGGUUAAUGCAUACUGAUUCCUUCACCCAAUAACAAAGGCCGAAGUCUCUAGAAAUCCCCUGUUGCUCUGUGGGGUGUUGGAGCAGCACAGAGUCAGGGGCUAACACAGCCGUUUGAUUAUAUUGCAUUUAUAAGGGUUCCCUGCUGCCCUACAAUGGCAAACUGGACCGCUGGAUCGGCCUCUGGAAGGACACAGGCCAAUAUCCCCCUCCCCCUCCUACGCCUCCUGCCCCGCCAGAACCCCCAGAUCCCACCAAGACAUGGAGAUCACAGGGUCUGGGGUUUCUUACACCAUUUUCAAAGGCCAGUCAGACUCCAUUUCAUUAAUUGUUUUAUUUCUGCCCCUCCCCACACUCUCAGGGGAAGCACUGAAACAAGAAACAAAAAAAAAUCAACUCCACACAGCAACACACACCCUGACAACCCGUCUGGAGGCAAGUGAGUCAGAUCCUCAGCUCACCACAACAAGUCACAUCUGUUGCCAUAACAUUCUGAUCUGUUCAUGCAGUUUCUGAUUCCCUUGGGAAUAUCACUCUCCAUUGGCAGGAGUUUACGACUGUUACCCUGUGGGUGGCCUCGCUCUUUUCUGGGGCCUUUUGCUAGUUGAUCCUUUCUCACGGUCACACUCCUCUCUCUGCUGAGCAGCUUUCAUCUCUCAGGUAAGACGUGACUCUUGUAUUGUGCAGAGGGAUUGAGUUAGUGCCAUAGUCAGAGGAUAUUACGGAGAUGGGUAGCAAGAUAAAAUCUUAAGAUAGGUAGUAUGGUGGGGCACUGUGAGAAAGAAAGAAAUGGGCGUGUGACUCUACGUUACAUAUAUAUAUUUCUCCAUUCUGUAUCAGGGAAGUAUGUUAGGCCUUAGUUCUGAAAUGUAACAUGUCGGAUUUCCCACACAGAGCAGGGGAGAGAGCAUUGAAGGGGUGGGUGUGUGUAAAAUUUAGAUUGUAAGAUUUUGGAGACUUUAAUUUUUCUGUAAAGUCCCAUGCCCCUCUAGCUAAGCAACCAGACUAAUUGAUACAAUCUCUCUUCAAGGCAAGGUUGCCUAGCUUCAGUGGUUCUCAGCCAGAGGUAUGUGUACCCUGGGGGUAUACAGAGGUCUUCCAGGGGGUGCAUCAACUCAUCUAGAGAUAUUUGCCUAGUUUUACAGCAGGCUACAUAAAAAGUACCAGCAAAGACAGGACAAACUAAAAUUUCUUACAGACAAUGACUUGCUUAUACUGCUCUAUAUUACACUGAAAUGUAAGUACAAUAUUGAUAUUCCAAUAGAUUUAUUUUAUAAUUAUUUGGUAAAAAUGAGAGAGGCAGCCAUUUUCCAGUACUAGUGGCCGUGACACUUUUGUAUUUUUAAGUCUGAUUUUGUAAGCAAGUCGUUUUUUAAGUGAGGUGAAACUUGGGGGUACACAAGACAUUGGAUAUUAGGAAACACUAUUUCACUCGGAGGGUGGUGAAGCACUGGAAUGGGUUACCUAGAGAGGUGGUGGAAUCUCCAUCCUUAGAGGUUUUUUAGGCUCGGCUUGACAAAGCCCUGACUGGGAUGAUUUAGUUGGGGUUGGUCCUGCUUUGAGCAGGGGGUUGGACUAGAUGCCCUCCUGAGGUCUCUUCCAACCCUUUGAUUCUGUGAUUCUAAGACAAAUCUGACUCCUGAAAAGGGGUACAAUCAUCUGGAAAGGUUGAGAGCCACUGGCCUACAUCAUGUUGUUGUUAUUGCGGGAGGGUGGUGAAAGAAAAUAAAAGUAAGAGAGAAACGUGACAGGUUAUCCUGAUGUCCUUGUCAAGUGGACACAUGAUAUUGCAUCAACUUGGAGGAAGGGAAGAGAAUGUUGCUAAGAGGUGAGAUGUGUCCAGAAGGAAUCUGUACCCUCAAGCCAGCCAAGUAGUAGCCUGCGUGUAUGUGUGUGUGUUCAUUCCAUAUUUUUUCCCUUCUAUGACUGCUCCUCUCUUCCCCUCAAUUUUUCAUUUCCCCUCCCCAUGAUAGACCUUUCUUUCCCCUCCCUCCCUCUGAAUCUCCCCCUUCUCCUCCUCUGACCCUUUCUAUGCCUUUCUGAGUCUUUCUAUCCCCAAUGUACUUUUCUCAGCCUGGCCCCAAUUUCCUCAUGUGCUUCUCCAUCACCCUGACUCCCGUCACCCACCAGAGGCAGGGAGGAGGAGUAAGAACGCACCUUGUGGCUCAGCGUGGCUGAGAGCAGGGGUUGAAAUGUGCCAUCCUUGGAGGAGAGGCGGCUGUGGGGGGGUGGUUCAGGGGUGAGGAAAGGGUACAUUCGCUCUGCUUUUAGCAGAGAGGAAACUGAUGCUUCCUCCAUACUUUAACUCCUGGUUGACCAUUCUCUGCUUCCUCCCUGUGUCUCCUCCCACUCCGCCCUCCAUCAUCCUCUUCCAUUCACUCCUUCCCAAGUCCCUCAGCACAGCCCCAUGAGAUAUCCUGGGGCUAGGAGCACCUGCCAGGCUCUCAGCCUUUGUCUACAGAGUCCCAGCUCACCUGUUUCACUCUCUCCCUUCACUCCCAGCGUGUUCUCUCCCACUGUCACUUGCACAGGGUAGAGACUGAGUCAGCAGUGGUGCAGUGAGGAAUUUGGGCACCGUGCCAACUCUUUCUUCCUUCCCAUGACCUCUUAGCUCCGUCCCUCCGUCCCGUUAGCUCUUACUAACCCUGCAGGCUCACAGACAAAAACCAGACCAGGUAAGCGCAAGUAGAGUAGGGGUAUUAGGGGACGAGAGCUGAGGAAGCGCUGUUCUAAGUCAGCCAUAAAAAUGUUGGCAUACUGUGGGGCCAUGCGGGUACCCAUAGCAGUGCCGCUGAUUUGAAGGAAUACAUUGUCCCCAAAUGUGAAAUAGUUAUGGGUGAGGACAAAGUCACAAAGUUCAGCCACCAGGUUUGCCGUGACAUUAUCGGGGAUAGUGUUCCUGACGGCUUGUAGUCCAUCUUUGUGUGGAAUGUUGGUGUAGAGGGCUUCUACGUCCAUAGUGGCCAGGAGGGUGUUUUCUGGAGGAUCACCGAUGGAUUAUAGUUUCCUUAGGAAGUCAGUGGUGUCUCGAUACUGAUUGCAGCCAGAAGGCACGGGAAAGCAAUGUGCCCCACUUGCUACAUGGAUCAAUCAGAGAAUGGAGAAGACACAGCCAAAGCUCUUACUAACCCUGCAGGCUCUCAGACAAAAACCAGACCAGAUAAAUCUAACUUCUGGCUUUGCCAUAUCCUCUGGAAAUAUUAUAGGCUAGUCACGGUCCUGUUUAUACUUUUUCUCAUUAUUGCUAUUAUUGUUUUGGCAGUGGUUAGAAGUAGGCCCUGCCCAAAUCAUGCCGCUACCACAUGUCCAGUCAAUUGGAUCGGGUUUCAAGGGAGAACAUACCAAUGGAAAUGCUACUAUUUCUCAAAAAUCGAUGGGGAUUGGAAUUCCAGCCAGAACAACUGCUCUUCGCUCAGUGCCUCCCUGGCUACAGUUGACACCCUGGAGGAAAAGGAUUUUAUGCUGCGCUAUAAGGGACGCUUAGAAACCUGGAUUGGCCUUACGAGGGAAGAAGAAGACAAGCCCUGGAAAUGGGUAAAUGGCACCCCGUUCAACGACCUGUUUCCAAUAAGGGGAGGAGGUGAAUGCGCAUAUCUGAAUGACGAACAAGGUAUCAGCAGCUCAAGAUGCAGCACGGGGAGGCGCUGGGUCUGCAGCAGGCCAACCUGAUGCACAAAACCAAGGCAAAAGGCAGUGCAAGGCCUUGAGAGUGAUGAAAACCACUGUUGAUAGGUCUUACUCUCACAUUAUUUGUCACUUUGCUUUCUAAACUGGAGAUGUCAACCACUGUCGACCCACUUGAGUUUCGAUGGAAAAUUGGGUUGGGAAAUUUUUGAUAUUUUGUUAAAAAACAAACCGCUGAAAAUCAAAAUGUUUUGAUUUGGGAAUGCCACCAUGGUGCAUCAUGGGAGCUGUAGUUUUGUUUCCUCAUGCCUCCAAUCUCUUCUGUGGACCAAGCUCCCAACCUGGACUAUAUCUCCUAUAAUGCACCCUGGACAGGGGCUCCCAUGAUACAGCACAUCCCCUCUCCAAGAGGGGAGAUGCGAUGCAUUAUGGGAGAUGUAGUUCUCAUAGAUUUAUGGGUUCUGAGGUCAAAAGGGACCACUGUGAACAUCUUGUCUGACCUCCCGGGUAACACAGCCAGAGAACUGCCCCAAAAUCAUUCCUAGAGUAGAUCUUUUAGAAAUACAUCCAAUUUUGAUUUAAAAAUUGUCAGUCAUGGAGAACCUAUCACAACCCUUGGAAAUUAUUCCAGUGGUUCAUUAACAUCACCAUUACAAAUUACACCUUAUUUCCAGUCUGAAUUUGUCUAGCUUCAACUUCCAGCCAUUGGAUCAUAUUCUACCUCUCUCUGCUAGAUUGAAGACCAAUUAUUAAAUAUUUGUUCCCCAUGUAAAUACUUAUAGCCUGUAAUCAAGUCACCCCUUCAUCUUUUCUUUGUUAAGCUAAAUCAGCAUUUCUAAAUCAAAAUAUUUCAGUUUGGGUAUAAAAUUUGAAGUUUUCUACACAAAACGUCUGCCCUAUAUUCUGACCAACUCAGGUCUCAAAUAGUGUUCCAGAGUGUCCAAAUUAGGUCCUUCAAGUAACGUAAAAGUUAAUUUUCUGGAUAUUAGUAUAUUUUUACAUAUGACCAACUACAAAAACCAUCAAAGAAAACACUAUGCUCUUCCCUUCCUCUGGAAGCAAUACCUCUCCUACCCGGGUUCUCAACCUGGAUGUUGCAAACUGGCUGUUACAAAAGGGCUGUAACCACACCACCUUUCCGAUAGUGUUAAAUGAGAAGUCACUC